UGGCGCGGGCGCGCGCAGGAACAUGGCCGCGCAGGGCGGGAGCGGCGCUGGAGGCCGCGGCGUUGUGAUUUCAGACAAUUGGCCUGGAUACAGUCUGGAUUUGUUCACUUAUCCUCAGCACUACUAUGGAGACCUGGAAUACGUGCUCAUUCCUCAUGGCAUUAUUGUUGACAGGACAGAACGACUGGCAAAAGAUAUUGUGCAAGACAUUGGAGACAAUGAUAUCGUGGUUCUCUGUGUCCUCAAAGGUGGCUACAAGUUCUGUGCUGAUCUUGUGGAGCACAUUAAAAAUCUUAGCAGAAAUUCAGAAAGGUUCAUCUCCAUGAAAGUUGAUUUUGUUAGACUGAAAAGUUACCACAAUGAUCAGUCUAUGCAAGAUAUGCAGAUAAUCGGUGGAGAUGAUCUUUCAAAGCUGACUGGCAAGAAUGUUCUAAUUGUGGAGGAUAUUGUUGGAACUGGAAGGACCAUGAAGGUUCUGCUUAACAAUAUAGAAAAAUACAAGCCAAAAAUGAUUAAAGUGGCAAGUUUGUUGGUGAAAAGAACAUCUCAGCCUGAUGGCUACAGACCAGACUGUAUGUGGCAAAUUAUGAAAAUAAUAGAUCCAUCUAGAAGAGAUCGACCAGUAUUUGCUACUGAAGAAGUCUCUGGUCAGCUGAGCUGGGGAGGAGGGUGGAAGGAGAGUAGGCAGACUAUGGAUUUGAAAUUCCAGAUUUAUUUGUGGUAGGUUAUGCCUUAGACUACAAUGAGCACUUCAGAGACCUAAACCACAUAUGUGUUAUCAAUGAUCAUGGCAAAACAAAAUACAGAGUCUGAAGCAAUAACAUCAACACCUGAAUAUUUCUGUGAAGCAGAAAUUUGACUACACUCCCUCAAGCAUCUCCCAGAAAAUUGAUUCACCUGACUUGUAUGUCUUUUAACUCAGUAUAAUAAGGGGUUUACUCUAGAGAUGCUUAUGAAUAUUUACAGAAGUGAGAGCUCUUAUCUAAAAUGUGAAGCAUAGGACUUCUACAGUUGCUACCUUUAUUAAGUAUUAAAAUUGCCUCCUAAGAUGCCUUCUGACUAAUAAUUUGUCUGCCUUGGGUCUCAUUGUGAACGCAUCUUUUCUUUGCUCAGUUCUUCUACGUGCAAUUCAUGUACUUCACUGUGUUGCACAAGAUAGCUCAAAAGUGCCAUUCUGUGCAUGAGGAUUAUUUUACAAGAUUUUAUGGACUUCAUCAUGCCUUUAGUCUUGGUCAGAUAUGCUGCCACUAAAUUGAAAGCAUCAUUCUGAUUUAAUUCCACAAUUCAAAAGUUUCAGCUGAAAUUCUAUGUUGUGUUGCAGUCCAUUACCCAUUCUUCCAAGCAAAGCUUUAGCUUCUAGAAUGUGCUGAGUUAGACUGCAGGUCAAAAUGAACCUUUGCAAGACACUGUUCAUCCAAAAUUGGAAGAUAUCAUGGUUCUGUCAUGUAGCAUAGAUUUGACCUGCUUAAUGUGCUGAAUUUUAAUCAAGACAAACCAGUGCCAGGCAGGUUUGAAUUUCUGCAUGGUAUCCCUUUCUUCUCUUGGACACAAGCAAGUAUAAAAAUUAACAGUGUUCUCCUGAGUUUAUACUCUUAACUCGUUAAGCACGAAGUUUAAUGUUAGUCAGACAAUUAUUCAGUUAUGAUUUGAUUUUUGUAACAUGUUGAAGUAGAGACUUUUUGUAGCCAUCUGCCAUCUUCAAGAAUACAGAUCUGACAAUGCUGAAGAAGACUUGUGUAGAAAAAGAAAGAAAAAUGUAUAGGACAACACAGCAAACCAGUUAAUGCAUGAGUGCUGUAGACUCCUUUAUAGAUCAUGUUUGAAGAAGUGUGUGAAUUUUACAUACUGUAUUAGCUGUGAAAAGUUUAAUUCUGCAUUGAAUAUAAGUGUUCUUAACAACUUCCUGAGGGAAACCAAUGCAAAGUAAGGAGCUGUGUAUCAGUAGCUUUGCUCUGAACUGUGAGAGGCAGAUUGUUACUAGCUGCAGAUUCCUAUGAAUUAAUAAAGAAAUAUUAAGCAUA